CGUUUACGGAAGUAAACGAAGCAGGGCUGUCCUACUGCUGCAACACAAGGGAAAAAAGCAAAAAUGAGGGUUUCCACCAACAAACUACAGCAGCUCACCAUCUUCACUACCGUGCUGACUGGGGCGGGGGUCUGCACCAUGUACUAUCUGCUGCAGAAGAGAUUUGUAGAGUCAGACUACCACAGACUGGCUCUGCAGAGGUUGGAAGCUUGUCCAGUUGCCAUGGAGAGCCUGGGGGCCCCGCCUUUAAAAGUCCACAACAUCCAUUUGACUGACAGAGACAACCGCAUCGAUCAACGCACUGCUCAGCUAAAGAUCCCUGUGACGGGCUCACACACUGGAGGUUAUCUGUACACUUCUUCAAUCAGAGACGCCGAUACCAACAGAUGGAGCCUGAGGCAGGCAGUCCUGAGGCUCAGAGAAGGACAGAUGAUCGACCUGCUGAAUCCUCCUCUACUGGCUGCAGAACAAGCCCAAGACAACGAGCAGGAGCUGGACACAGAGCGCUGGAACUGACCUGCUCCAUGAACUCAUGACAGCAAUGUUAGAGGACGUCUUCCUGCUCCUGAUGAGUUGAGAUCUAAUCAAACAAAACAAUACGGAAGCAUCUACCAAACAGCAAAUCCGCAACUCCAGCAUCCUGUUGAGACUGCAGUAACUCAUGAGGUGCAGCUCUGUCACUGUGCUGCCAACAGACUGCUCAGGAUUGUUGUGUUAUCUCAAGGUUUGGUUUUGAUUAACCCUUUAGGACUGUU